AUCUUCGGAGGGCAGAACGGCUCCGCCAACUUCAACGACAUGUACGAUUUCGACAUGGAGACGAUGACUUGGACUUUCGUGCAGACGACCGGCAUCCUCCCCUCCCCCCGGUGGGGCCACAGCGCGGUGGUGCAGGGGAUGGAUACGAUGAUCGUGUUCGGAGGGGCAGGUGAUCAGUUCUUCAACGACGUCUUCCUUUACAACCUCUUUGGAUCCUCCUGGAAGUUCGCCCAUGGCCCAGGUGAGGCCCCUGCUGGGAGGUGGGGCCAUUCUUGCAUCAUGCACGGGGAGUCUGCGGCCCUGUACAUCUUCGGAGGGUGCAGCAAGCACGCGGCCUCUGAAGAU